AAGAAAAGUUGCCUCGACAGACAACAAGGACUGGGAGUAAACAAGGUUCAGGGGUAGGAGACGAUCGAAUUCGUGCGGUGCACCGGACAAUAUCCGCGAUCGAGAUUCGGCGGUGUUAGGGAUCAAGUGCCACAUAAUACCAUCUCCGGUUGUCACUUCUCACUUCGUCGCUUCUCACUUCUCAUUCAAAUUACUCACAAGUCCACGGCGAAAGAAGGAUCGAGCCAGAAUGGACCAAGUUACCAAAAACACCGAGUCGCUCAAUCUCGGAAGCUCACAACCCAAUGAAUCCGCUGGUUCAGCCCCCGAGCCGGGGCCGAUGCUGCCAGAGCUGCCACCGGGCCGCACCCUGAACUCGGGCAUGACACUCGAGGAAACGGUGGCGGAUCUCAACAAGCAUCCUCUCUUCAUGACGGAGCUCGACGAUGCCGAGGAUAACGAGCAUCUGGCGGCACUGCAAGCGCUGGCCUACGAAGGCACUCCCCUCGAGAACGCUGCCAACUUCAAGGAACAAGGGAACGAGUGUUUCCGCGAGAAGCGAUGGGCGGACGCCAAGGAGUUCUACGGCAAGGGCAUCCCCAUCCUCGUGGCGGAGGAGCGGAGGAGGGCGAAGGGCGAGAAGAAGAGGGUCAAGAAGGCCGCCGAGAAGCCGGUGUCCAUCAACCCGGACGCCAACAACUCCGCCUCGGGCCCGGGCCCGGACCUGCAAGAGGAGGAGCAGCAGGCGCCCCAGCCGAACGAAGACGAGUACGAGGAGGUCGAUGAUGACCCGGCCGAGGUCAAGUCGGAGCAGGCCCUGCUCGAGACGCUCUACGUCAACCGGGCGGCGUGCCACCUGGAGCUGCGCAACUACCGCUCCUGCACCCUGGACUGCGCCGCCGCCCUGCGCCUCAACCCGCGCAACAUCAAGGCCUUCUACCGCUCGGCCCGCGCCCUGCUGGCUGUCGGCCGCGUCACCGAGGCCGACGACGCCUGCGCGCGGGGGCUGGAGGUUGAGCCGUCCAACAAGCCCCUCCUGGCCCUGGCCAAGGACAUCGUCAAGGCCGCCGAGGCCGACGCCGCCCGCCGCAGGCGCGAGGAGGAGGAGCAGGCCCGGGAGCGACACCGGGAGGCGCUGCUGCGGGCCGCGCUUGAGGCGCGCAACAUCCGGACCAGGAGUACCGGCAAGCCGCCCGACAUGGAGGACGCCAGGGUCAAGCUGUCGCCCGACGAGCACGACCCGACCAGCUCGCUGGUCUUCCCGACCCUGCUACUGUACCCGUGCCACCUCGAGAGCGACUUCAUCAAGGCGUUUAACGAGCGCGAGAGCCUCGAGCAGCACUUUGGCUACGUCUUCCCCUUGCCGUGGGACCGCGCCGGAGAAUACAGCUCGGCAGGGGUGGAGUGCUACGCCGAGACGGUGAGUGGCGGGCUGGUCAAGGUGGGGAAGAAGGUGCCGCUCCUCAAGGUGUUGAGCGGCGGCAACGUCGAGGUCGUGGACAACCUACUCAAGAUCUUUGUCGUGCCCAAGUCGAAAGCCGACGCGUGGGUGAAGGAGUUCAAGGAGAAGAAAGCGGCCGGGGCACCAUGAGAGGGGCGCGGGGAAGGGGGGAUGAAAAUGAUUAUUGAUACCCGGAUACGGAAAUGGUUUGAAUACCGAAACUAUGGGUGUCCAGUGAAGUCGUUUGCAGCAUGGAAAGGGGAAAAAAAAUUACAAGACUCUAGACGAUUAGAUCUGCAAGAAAAGAUAACCGGUAUGCUGGCUGCUCACCCCAUGGGAGCUAGCAUGAUGACUCCGAUCGAAAGCAAGACUAUGG